AUGACGUCUUCUAUGAUCAAAGUGCCCUACACGGCUUUGUUCACGGAGAUGACGGGCACUAUGCUCGCCGUCUCUGCAUACGCGUCGAUGGGAGGCUUGUCCUUUGGCAUUGACUACAACUACUGGUCAGGCGUGCUCGGAAUGAGCCAAUUCGCCAAUGACUUUGGCGUCUUUGACAGCAAGCAAGGGGAAUACAUCAUUCCCUCGAGCUGGCAGUCCGCCGGCAGUGGCUUGCCCAUUGCCGGGCUCGCCUUUGGCGCUCUCAUAGCCGGCUUGGUUGGUGGCAAGCUGGGCCGCGUGCGGACCUUUCAGGUGUCAACCGUUCUGUCCCUCGCCGCCAUCAUCAUUCAGGCCACGGCUGUGUCAUCAUACUGGCAGGUGGUCGUCGGCCGGACCGUCAACUCGAUCGCCCUCGGCAUCCUAGCCAACCUCGUCCCCGCUUACCAGGCCGAGUGCGCGCCGCCCGCGGUCCGCGGCACUCUCGUCAACUUUUACCAGUUUUCCUUGGCCGUCGGGGCGGUACUUGUCAACACGGCCAACUGGGGCAUGCACGAACGAACGGACCAGUGGGCAUAUCGAACAGUGAUCAUAUUGCAGUUUAUCGUGCCGCUUGUACUGGGCCUUGGGUCCUUCUUCGUGCCGGAGUCACCUCGUUGGCUUGCCAGACAGGGUCGCGAUAGUGAGGUGCUCAAGGUGCUUCUCAUGCUGCGUAAGGGCGAUGCCGAGUCAUGCCAACAGGAACAGAAUGCACUAUGUGCGGCUGUCGAGAGCAUGGAUGCGCACCAUGAAGGCAGUUGGCUGGAGUGUUUUAGCAUGGGCGUCAAGAACGAGUACACCAUUACUGUGCUGCUCGUGCUUACAAUGACGAUAGCGUGCUUCUUCGCCUUCUACUUCCCCGAUUUGCUCGGCAGGCGAUGGAUCAUGGCCUUCUCUUCAUUCAUGAUGGCCGUGAGCAUGUUUGUUGUCGCUGGAAUUACUGGCUCUGACCUAGCUAGCCAGAAGGGCGGUAUGGACGGUGCGUUGGGGAUGCUGUUCGUGUGGUGGUUUUUUUCUUCUGUCGGUUGGAGCAGCUGCGUCUGGAUCGUCACAGCCGAAGUGCCCACACUACGACUCAGGGAGAAGACCAUAACUGUGGGUUCCUUCACCGGCUUCUGCGUUUCCGUUCUCGUCACUUUUGUCAGCCCUUACAUCCAGGACACGGGGUAUGGAAAUCUCCAGUCCCGCAUCGGCUUCAUCUACGCCGCCGUCAGCAUCGUAGCCACUAUUUGGUGUAUGUUCAUGCUCCCCGAGACCGCGUCUCGGACUUUGGAGGAACUUGAUGUGCUGUUCGAGAAUCGCGUUAGCGUCUGGCGCUUUGGAUCGUAUAAGAUUAUGAGCGGACCGGAUAAUCUCCCUGCCAGCGAGGGUGUGGAAGUGCUGGAAGAGUGCCAGAAGGUGAAGGAGAAGAAGUAG